AUGGCAAAAUAUAAAAAAGGAAAAGAUGCAAAAUAUGCGGAAACAGUUGAAGCAGAUGAAGCGGAAUGUACUGAUUUCGACGACGGACUACAUGUUAAGGGUUUCAAUGAAAAUGAUAUUCCAGUACAUCAAUCCGUUUUCCAUAUUUCCUUUCAACCAUUCUCAGCAAUUAAUUCUUCACUAUUAACAGAUGAUUUUGAAGUAACUAAAGCAUCAUUCGAUGAAUUUGGUUUUCGUAUCGACGAGGAUGCAUCUAUUGUUGAUUACAAAACUAUCGAAAUUCCUCAAGAUCGCAUUCGUUGGGUUGCACAUAUAGAAUUUUCACAUAAUGUUGAAGACGAUUUAACAUGGUCAAAAGUGGAUAUAAAUCGGCUUGACAGCAGUAAAACUAUGGAACUUUUGCGAGAAAUUGGAAUCGCUCAUUCUUUACGACCCUUUCUAUGGCCGAGAUUUUGUGGUGCUAUCAAGAAACGUGAUUCAAGUUCUUUCAGUUAUGCUGAUGUCGUUAAACAAAGUAUUAAAGAUCAUCCAUCGAUAAUUGCACAAAUUGAAAAAGAUCUUCUCAGAACAUUACCUAACAAUAUAUGUUUUUGGAAAAAAGAGAGUAGAGGCAUAAAUUCACUGCGGACUGUUCUUCGUGCUGUUUCAUAUAUGUUUCCCGACAUAGGUUAUUGCCAAGGAAUGGGUGUUAUCGUUGCUUCGCUUUUAUUGUUUUGUUCCGAGGAAACCACUUUUUGGAUGAUGGCUACUCUCAUCGAAGAUAUUUUUCCUUCCAAUUAUUAUAGCAAAUCUCUUAUUGGACUUCAGGCAGAUGAAAGAGUUGUGCGACAAUUGAUGGCUGUUCAUUUGCCUGAAGUUGAUCGACUUUUAAAAGAUAACGAUGUGGAAAUGUCAUUGCUUAGUGUAAACUGGUUAUUAACUGCUUUUGCAUCUGUAUUCACUAUACGAGUAUUACUUAGAGUAUGGGAUUAUCUUUUUGUCGUUGGAGGAGUAACUAUUUUCAGGGUGAUAAUAUCUAUGCUGAAAAUGAAAGAAGAAGAGCUGUUGGAACUGAAUUCCGCAGAGAAUAUAUCAGCCGAACUUUUCAAUGCAUUAUCGCAAAUACCUUCAAGCAUUACCAGUCCAGAACAUUUGAUUGAAAUUUGCACGUCUUUUGAAUUCUCGAUAACUUCUGAACUGAUUGAGAAUUCAAGGCGACGACAUCAAGCAGUUUUGCUAGCUAAUCAUGGGUUAAUUAUAAAUCCAAAUAAGAACACUAAUCUACCUAAACAACGGAUACAACGUCGAGAAUUUAUCCGUUCAAAGAGUAUUAUUGAACAAUUAUUUGUUGUAUCUAAAGAGCAGUCCGAUGAUAAAAUGAAAAACAUUCGCCAAACUGAACUUAUUGUUGAUUUGCGCGAUGCUGUUAUCAGUAUUUGUCGUUAUUUUAUCGAAUGUGAUCCAUCGCUUGAAAAGGCCAUUAAUUUGCAGGCAGAUUAUUCAUUUGAUAAUAAUAAAAGUGAAGAAGAUGAAUUCUUGAAUGCAAAGCGAAGAGGUUAUCGACGUGCCAGAGCUCUUCUAGAUUUUGAACGUCAGGAUGAAGAUGAACUUGGUUUCAGAAAGAAUGAUCUUAUAACAAUUAUAUGUGAAAAAGAUGAACACUGUUGGGUUGGAGAAAUUAAUGGCCUUCGUGGGUGGUUUCCGGCCAAAUUCGUUGAGGUUGUCGAUGAACGAGGCAAGAAUUAUUCGAUAUUUGGAGAUGAAGCAGUUUACCCGGAAAUUACCGACAAAAUACGUGGACGUCUUUCGACUGCUUUAAAGGCUAUUUUGGAACAUGGAUUUCGAAGAACUGGUGUUUUGAACUUGGCAACGCAUCCAUGGAUUUUCAUAGAAGAUAUAGCGCAAGAUUACGUGCGAGAUCGAUAUAAAGCAGUCCAUUCAAGAUUGACUCUUUGUAGUACUUUUAGUCUGGAUCAAGAUGGCAAGAUUCUAACUCCGGAGGAACUUUUAUUCCAAGCCGUUCAGUUAAUAAACGAAUCUCACAAUAUAGUUAAUAGCCAAAUGGAUGUGAAGCUCCGUUCACUUAUCGCUUUCGCUGCAAAUGAACAAUGCCUUCAUUUAUGGUUUGAUCUGCUUUGCAGCUGUUCAUCUCAGGAUUCAAUAAGAAAGAAAUAUUAUCAUGCUUGGUCAUUUAUAAGAUCACCAGCUUGGCGACAGAUCAAAUGUGAACUUAAAUUGCUCACACAACUUAGUUUUAAUCUCCGCAUUGAUUACGAGAUAGCCUCUAUUUAUAAAAAUAAAAAAUCUUUCGAUCUGAUUCACAAAAAAAAAGUAAUCUAUUUUAAACACUUCGAAUAA